AUGACCGACACCUUGUCUAGUAUGAUAGAGGAGUUCAAGCGUUGUACGAAUAAUCUAGCGUUGCCUGGUCAGAAGAAGCGACUUCAGAACAUCCAUGUGGACAUGGUUAUUGCAAUAGAAGAACAAUGCUUGAAGGAUGGAUACUCGGUUCAUGAGAAAGCUCGUGUAGCACAUUCACUUCGCGGAUUACUGCGGCAUUCAGAAGAAUUCUUUGUAUGCCACGUUGCAUCAAACGACGAGAUGAGCACAAGAAUGGCGCACCAAACUUGGCAUUCUUGGCGAAGUCUGGUGGAACAUUUCGCAAACAACACGGCUCCCACAACUGCUUUCAACAAGACUACACCUUCACCUGUAGCUGCGCCCACUCACAAACAAAGCUACAAGUUCAACAACAACGCCGGUACCCACUCCAAGUAA